AUGCCCCAUGGCCAACCGCCAACGACCAGCGACGUCGGCUGCCGGGCACGAGCCACGAGUGUUUUUGACAUCUUUGCUGCGCGCCCAGCAUGCGAAAAGAAGCCCUACUUGGAACCCGACGAUCUGUUUGUGAGCUCUUUGGUCGCGCUGGCUCAAGCGCUGCUGACGGGAUACGAAACAUAG